CCUAUUCUCUUUGGUCCGGGCAAGUUUUGUCAAUCAAUUUUUAGUUGUACGCUGGUGGUUUGCCGGCUGCAGCUUUUACUCGAAUAUAUAGUGUAUUUUGAAUCAAAAUUUAGAUUCUUUGGAUGUAGUAAUUAAGCUAAAAAGUGUAAAGUAUGACGCUACUAAAAUAUUUCAUUGCUGCUGCAUUACUGUGUGCCCUUGAACUUCACUCUGCGCAGGCAAAAACAAACACAAAGAAUGCGGUGGUGGAAGGAAUUAAUGACAUGAAGGAGCUGAAAAAGCUGUUCCGUACAAAAAAUAAUGUAUUGGUUCUGUUCGUUUCCAAUGCAAAGGAGGCCCAGAGCACCGUGAAUGUAUUUCGCGAGGCUGCCGAAGUUAUCAAAGGACAGGGUACAAUGGUUUUAUUUGACUGCAGCAAUAGUGAAGUAAAGAAGAUCUGCAAGAAAUUGAAAGCUAAUCCUACUCCUCAUGCGUUGAAGCACUUCAAGGAUGGAGACUUCCAUAAGGACUAUGACCGACAACUGACUGUUACCAGUAUGGCAAAUUUUAUGAGAGACCCAACGGGUGAUUUGCCUUGGGAAGAAGAUCCUGUUGGGGUGGAUGUGGCACAUGUACCGGAUGCGAUUGCUCUCGGAAAGUUUCUGAAAAAAGAGGUUCGACCAGUAUUGGUGAUGUUCUAUGCCCCGUGGUGUGGUUUCUGCAAAACUUUGAAGCCGGAAUUUUCUGCAGCUGCUACUGAACUAAAGCCAAGAUACGUUUUAGCUGCCAUCGACGUGAAUCGACCCGAGAACUCAAUUAUCCGGAAACAAUACAACAUUACUGGAUUUCCAACUCUCCUCUAUUACGAAAACGGUCGCAUGCGACACACUUUCGAUGGGGAGAACAAUAAGGUUGGAAUUGUUGCAUUCAUGAAAAAUCCAAUGGCUCCUCCACCAGCGAAACCUAAGGAAGCGGAUUGGGCAUCGGAGCCAAAUUCGGAAAUUGUGCACUUGGGCAGUGCUAAUUUUGAACCUGCAUUGAAAGAUGAAAAGUCUGCAUUGGUAAUGUUCUAUGCACCGUGGUGUGGACACUGCAAGAAAAUGAAGCCCGAGUAUGAGAAAGCUGCCACUAUAAUGAAGGAGUCAAAGAUUGCUGGUGUACUAGCAGCGCUGGAUGCCACGAAGGAACAAGCGAUUGGACAACAGUUUGGUGUUAAGGGUUAUCCCACUGUUAAGUACUUUAGUAAUGGCGAAUUCAAGUUCGAUGUAAAUGUACGUGAAGCGGAGAAAAUUGUUGAAUUUAUGAAGAAUCCAUCGGAACCUCCUCCACCUCCAGCUCCUGAAGCACCAUGGGAAGAAGAACAAAACGAGGUGGUUCAUCUUAACGAUGAGACGUUUAAACCAUUUCUCAAGAAAAAGAAGCACGUAUUAGUUAUGUUCUAUGCCCCUUGGUGCGGUCAUUGUAAGCGGGCAAAACCGGAAUUUACUAACGCUGCUGAACAUUUUAAGGAGGAUACCAAAGUGGCUCUUGCGGCUGUUGAUUGCACCCGUCACAGCGGCGUUUGUUCUGCCUACGAGGUGCGAGGCUACCCUACACUAAAGUAUUUUAGCUAUCUUAAAAGCAUCAGGGAAUACGACGGCGGUCGAACUGCAGCUGAUUUUAUCAAAUUCCUCUCCGAUCCGGAUAGUCCAGCGCCCGUUAAGGCUUCGGAACCAUACGGUGAUUAUCCGGGAUCGGAUAAGAUUAUUAUCCUUUCCGAUGGGAAUACAGACGACACCCUGCAGAAAGAGGAUCGUGUCCUGGCGAUGUUUUACGCACCGUGGUGUGGUCACUGUAAGCGAAUGAAGCCAGAGUUUGCAGAAACGGCCAACUUGUUGGCCAAAAAUGGUGUCCCGGGUAAAGUUGCAGCAAUCGAUUGUACCGUGCACACCAAGACGGCGGAGCGAUUCGAUAUUCAAGGAUUCCCAACGGUAAAAUAUUUCGUUCGGGGGAAGUUUAUCAAAAAUUACGAUGGAAAACGCACGGCUCAGGCCAUGUACGAGUUUAUUCGCUCGAAUGGCGCGGUCAGCAAAAAGGACGAGCUUUAAAUGGCACUCGUGAAAGAAGAAAAUGUUUUGUGAUUUGUGAACUUGCGCAAAAAUGCUGGACUAGUGUCGCACAAAGGCGAGUGAUUCUUAACUGUAUCUGCCUCAGUUUUAUAUUCCUCCAAUCUGUCUGUAGAUAUUUUCUAUUGAAUAUUGUUUCAUAAGAGUAUUUUUGAAUGUUUUAACACGUCUGACGAUUUCCAGCACAGGCUAAUUGAAUACGUAUUAAGAACAUAAUUUUAGAAGAAUCAAAUCGAGUAAAAGACUUCCAAUAUGACACACUGUCAAUACUAGUUGCAUUUGUUUGAGAGCCCGUAAAAUGAAUGCGUGGAUGAAAUAUAAGUGUUUUAUUUUUUACAUGUA